GACAGUCGCAUUCAUGCGACAACGGCUUAAUACUAUCUUUUCUGUUUUUAUUCUUCUUUUCCCUUUUCUAUUUUUUCCUUUUCGUCUUUUUUUAAGAUGAAGAAUCGGCACAUGGAGCGAUACGAUUCUCAGCCGCGAUUCUCACUCAUCUCGCGGUGUUGCGGGCGGAUGUUCUGAGAACAGCUGUUCGGUGGACAUGUUUAUCCCCGCAACUGCACGGGGAUGUGUUGCACUUUUGAGGCCCGUUCGUGUCGCACGUCGUCGUCGAGAUAAUAAUACACGGUGCGAAAAGGAAUAAUGUGACCGUGCGAUGCGGAUCGAGGAUGGUCACGAGCCGAUGAGUGUGCACUUGGCGACACCGUGAGAGCGAAGCUGCGGGUUAUGUUUUGAAUGGUUUGCGCGCAAAGAGUCAUGGCACAGUGCAAGCUAACCCCGCGCGAGUUUAUCGGCAAUACUUUCUCGCCGCAGGUCGCCGUGGUCUGCUCGACCGCGGCCGACGCGGCGUGCCAAAAGAAUAAUCUGUCGUUCGUCGAGCUACUUCAACCCUUUUGCAAAUUAAAUACUGAGGGCCAUUUUAAGGAUCCUCAAGGUAAUACUGUAACAAUUCGAAAUCUUCGACUAUCCGUACAAGAUAUCAAUGCGCGACCACCAGAACCAAGUCUUGCCAAAAAGAUGCUGAACGAAGCAGUCAGUACUGCCCUGUGCGAACGUACGACCACUAUCCACAUUGGCACGACUGAACUGGAUAUCCCAGUUUCCGUUCCCUGGUUUGAAGCAUGGAGAGAGACGUUUCUGAGCGUUCAGUUUCCAUCGGAUCACGAGUUCACGAAGCACCUGCUCGCGUGUAUGAUAGUUGUUUCUACGGCGGAGGACAAUCCACUAGAGAAGAUUCAGACUAUGGGGGCGCAACUGCAUCAAAGUAUCCCUGGCAAGUUGCCCAAGUGGUUCAACAAUAACGCUCUUAGGUAUUACAUCUUGGUUCACGACUCCAUUCAGGAUGAUAGAAACAAAGCAGAAAUAGUUUUUACAGAGAUGAAGACUAUUUAUGGCGCUAACAAUUGUUUCCUACUGCAAAUGAAUUCGAGACCGCCAGGUCUCUCCGACGACAAUACGCACUUGCCCGAUCCUUGGAGUCAGUUUCUGACUAAGCACACGGAGCUAUCAGGUGGCAGCGAGCAAAGCAGCUCACCUCGUACACCCGCAGACAUGGGUGGAGUCUCCGCCAUGCCGAGUGAGCUGACAAUGGAGUCUGACAAAACAAGCCAAGCCGGGACACCGUUAAUGCCGCACAACUGUGUCGCGUUACCAUCACCUCCAGAUUUGGCGCAACUGGUCUCCGGAGUCGAUACGAUCAGCCUCUCGUCCGAGACCUCUGAAUCUGCGAACGCACAACUUGAAGUUGGGCAAGAGGCCGUCCCGGUUACGAUCCAUCCGCUUAGUCCAGACAACGGGAAGUCACAGAGCUUUAUCCCCGCAGCCAAGGGCCAAUCGGUUAUUAAUUCACCGAUAAACACGAAUGUCUGGGCGGAUUCGCCAAACUACGUGGUUGCUCAACACGGUGCUCGUCUCUCUACGCAAGAUCUGGAACGAUUGCGGACGUUAAUAACGGAAUUCUGUUUGCGGAGCUUGUUGCCUUACGUGGAGAAGCAGAUUGGCCUACUGAACGAUGUGAUCUCGAACAAAAAGGGAGUGAGCAGAUCGCUGUUCAGCGCUACGAGAAGAUGGUUCGGUACGAACAAGCCUGGCAUACCGGGUUCCGCACCGUCGAAUGCCGUAAUUUAUACAGCAGAAUCACCCGAGCUGCAAUUACGGCGACUGGGCGACCUGUGCUUCAUGUUUGGCCACUACUCGCUCGCUUAUCAGGCUUAUCACAGCGCGAAACGCGAUUUCGCGGCGGAUCAGGCCUGGGUGUAUUACGCGGGUGCUCUAGAGAUGGCCGCUUUGAGCGCCUUCAUGCAGGGCGAGACGAAUCGGAAGACGAUCGAGUACAUGGACGACGCGAUACUGACUUACGCCAACAGCUGCAAGAUGCCACAGUUCGCGACGAGAGCCACCCUGCUCAGCGCCGAGUGCCUGAAGGGUCGGGGGUUGUGCGGGGAGGCCGCGAAACAGCUGAUACGCAUGACCAGCGAGGACUCGGACUUGCGUUCAGCCCUGCUGCUCGAGCAGGCCGCCUACUGCUUCAUCGGUCCAAAAAUGAUGCGCAAGUACGCCUUCCACGCGGUUCUGGCCGGACACAGAUUCUCGAAGGCUGGCCAGAGGAAACACUCCCUUAGGUGUUAUCAGCAAGCGUAUCAGGUGUACUUCGCAAGAGGCUGGUCCCUGGCUGAAGAUCACAUUCACUUCACAAUCGGAAGGCAGGCCGCGUCUCUGAAGCAGGUUUCCGAGGCGGUGAAGGCAUUCGAGAAAUUACUUAACGCGUCCAGCAAACAGCACGCUCCGCAACAAGCUGCAUUCCUGCGAGAAUUUUUGUACGCUUACAAUUCGUUGUUUCAGGAAAACGGCACGGCUUCCGAGGGACUUCUCACGUUACCUUUGCCGUUACUAGAUAGCGACGGUAUCAAAGUGUUGCUCGGCCCGCUGGGCAGGCAGACGGAAAACGGUAUUCCGGCGAGCCACGUCACGUUCAGCGCCGAGGAGACCGACGACGCGCAAUGGUCGAGGAUGGAGGAGCUCUUGAUAACCGAGGCGCAGGGAUCCCCGCCUAUGAUAUUUAAGCCGACGGUUGCGCUGUACUCCGGAACGAGCAACAACGCCGUAAAGCCAAACGCGGUCCUGGACGAACCGGUGCAUUUUUCUGUCGAAUUACAUAAUCCGCUGCACGUGCCGCUGCCACUGUCGGACGUGACUCUACUGUGGUCGUUCACUCGCGACGGCGAGACCGUCACGAACGAGACGAGAGCGAGCUGCGACGUGAAUCUGGUCGACUCGGACGUCAUCGAGGCGAUUAUGCUGCAGCCGGCGUGCAAGCAGAGCAUCGCGUUGUCUCUCACGCCCAGGCACGUCGGGGAACUGAAGGUCCUGGGCAUAAGCUACAAAUUGUCCAAUCUGGUACAGACGAUGAACGACUCGCCGGUUGCGAGUUCGAGCAUCGUCGUCGCGGGCAAAAGAUUGUUCGAGAUCACGCCACCCAAGUUGAAGAACGUGAAGGAGAAGCCCGGCACGAAUAUCUACGGAAAGGAUUACAGGCUGGAGAUGAACGUCGUGGAGAAGGCGCCGUUCAUGCAGAUCCUCUUCACUGAAUUGCCGCCAGAGAUGCUGUGCGGCGAGAUACAGAAGGUGGAAGUCACCUUGAAGAAUAUAGGCAAUGCGCCGCUGACAAAUGUAUACGUUGCGUCCACCGAUGCCAAAUUAAUUACAUUGGAAAACUCGGAUAACGUCGAUAGAAAUGAAGAGUCAACAAUGAAGAAGGGCAGUAGGUCAGUUACGAAGGUAGUACUACCGGCCUCGAGGAACGGUGCGUUGAACGUGGGCGAGACCCAUAAAAUGCCGUUCUGGGUGCAAGCGCCGCACGAGAAGGGCGCUCACAGGCUAGACUUGCUCUUCUAUUACGAGAACGUUGAGACGAAGACCGCGUUAAAGUAUCGACUGUGCCGGCAUACCUGGCAGCUGAGGGUGCUGGACUCGAUACAAAUUACCGCGACUGCCGCGAGAAGCGGAUUGUUCAAGGACGACUCGCCGACGUUGAACCUGAUAAUGUCCGUUAAGAACACGAAUCAGGCUCACGAUCCAUCGAUAAACGAGGUCAUGCUAUCCAAAGUGUCGCUCCAGAGCGCUCUGUGGUCCGCGUUCCGUUCCUCCGUCCUGCCGGCGAGUAUAAAGGUACAGCCUCAGGAGGUGUUUCACCUGAUGCUCAAGCUGAGGAAGAAGACGGACGGCGAAUCGGCCAUCUCCGACGUGUCCCUGACUUCCAGCGAGACCAGCGACGCGACCCCGAUCGACGCAUCGACUCCGUUCAUCAGCUUCGUGCAGAGGCGUCACAUCCAGCCGUUGAACGUGAACGAGUCCGCGAAUGAUGCCGCGCAGCAGUUUCAGCCGCAGCAGAGUUGCGCCGAGCGCAACUCGCUGUCGGGCGUCGUGGCGUUGAAUUCCACGUUGAUCGUCAAAUGGUGCGCCAACGUGACCGAGAGCGGCGUGGUCACCCGGAAGGCCGUCGGGCAGCAUCACUUCGAGCUGGAGCAUUUAAACAAGACGACGAAGCACCCGAAGGAGCCGCACGCCGAGCGCAACGAGUACGGCACUCGCUUGAAGAUCUUCGGACCGGAUCGGAACGUGCCGAACAUGGUGACCGCUCCCGUCAGGGACCCCGUCUGGGAAGCGGAGUGCUUGAAGAGCCUGAUCUCCUUCUCCCUCAGCCAUCGGAGGCAAGCUACUCACGAUUUCCACCGAAACCGAUUGUGCAUAAUCCCGGUGACGAUGUACCUGCAGAAUCACUCGGAGAUGCGGAUCGACGUCAAAAUAAGCACAAUAGGUACCAGCAGUGAAACUCAUCUUCCAAACAUCAAGUCUCAGCUGUACUCGCCACAAGCGUCAGCGUACUACAAGUACGCCGGGCACUCGUCAAUUUAUUCCAACAUUGAGGCGCACGCGAGCAACACCAUAAAGUUAGACGCCGUGCUACCCAGCCCAGGCACGUACGAUCUAGCGGCGCGAAUAGAGAUCUCCGUGAGACUUGUAAAUAGCGCGGAGUACGUCGCUCAAAAGGGCAAAAUGGAGAGCAUAUGCAUAAUUAAUAACGACGACAGUACGGUAGACCGUGUUACCGCGGGUUUUUGAAUAGAGCCACUACUAACGGACUAUGCGGGAAGUGCUACUUUUAGUAUAAUUCAGAAUCAUUCCUUGUCACAGUAUGUAUGUAAAUAAUGUCGUAUGUUGAAAGUUGUUACAUUAUAUUAUAUAUAACUGAUAUUUUAAUAACGCAUCGACGUACUUUUUACCUGACACGUCACGUUUCAGCGUCGGAAUUUCUUUACGUGCGAGCCCCUGGCACCGCGGCAUCCUUUGAUUCUGUCAAUUUUAACGAAUGCAGUUACCAAUCCCAUCAAGUAAGCCCUUCGUCAUUUGUUAGUAUCCCGAGCUACCUCACGGUAAUUUACGAAGCAGUCGAGCGCACGACGAAAAAUAAUCGCAUAGCUUUCUUCCGCGUGGUAUUGAUGAAGCGUCAAUCAACGGGGUGUGACUGCAUAUCUUUAACUGCCAAACGAUCACGCGUUAUUUUCUAUCGCGACGCAUUGCCCGUACAAGCAUUUUUUUUAUUAUCGUUUGUCGCUUUCAUGCUGUUCUCGUGCGAGAGAAGUUUCGAUCUUGGAGUUACAGAACAUAGAAAAGAAGACAGAGAGCAGAAAUUCUUUUGCAUGGAUAAAUGAAAAUGAAAGCGCAGCCAAUUCUCCGUGAUUUUCGACACUCACGUAUGUACUUGGCGAUUGAGGACGCGAUCGUUCUUAAGUAUAUCAUAUAUGAAAAAUAAAAUUACAAAGAUCAGGAUCUCUCUUCGUUCCGAAUCUUUUUCGAACGAAAGAUUUGUUGGACGUGUAAAAUUAUUUCGAAGACAGAUUCAAAAGAAUUAAACAAGCAGAAAAGUACAUGUAAACGCGUACUUGAGGUAUUUUAGAUAAUAGGCUUGUAAUUUUUGUACAGUGUACCUCGUAAAAUAAGAAUGUACGCAGGUCAAGUUUCGCACGAGCAACUUGAAGUUUUUCGUCACAUUGUGCGAAAAAAAGAGAUCUUGUACAUACUUUGUCAGAUUUGCGUGGAUUUAGUAAAUAACGAA